AGACCUUGACCCUGAAGCGCGACAGGUGCAUGGGUUUGGUUCGACGUAGCUAGGCGCGGCCCUUUUUUUUUGUUGUGCUUGAUACUUGGUCGGAUGCGAGAGUCUCUCUAAUUCCGUCUCUUUUCUAUGGUUGAUGUGGUUGCAGAUAAGGAGAGCCUGAGCUUCCGAGGGGGUCAGCAUCCAUCCCGUCCGAUGCCGACCGACGCAGUGGCUUCAUCCUCCGGGCCCCCAGCCACUUCUCUGCCGAGAGGGGAACGGGCGACUCCCGAGCCCGAUCUCUCGUCCUCUCCGUCGCUCUCGCCGCAUUCGCCGAGUCCCGGACGCGCCUUCCCUUCGCUGCUCGUGCCCGGAUUCGGGCUGGCCGGACUCCGGGUCAGCUCCGCCGCCCCCUUCUCCCCGCCCGGACUGGAGCGCUACUCGCCGGCCACGGGGAAUCCGGCCAUCAAGCAGAUGGAAAUGAUGACCAGAAACUAUUCCGACUUCAUGCGGUCCCUCGCGGCCAAGUACAACCAGAAUAACGCUCAAGAAAGCUUUCCUAUGUCCCAGAGCAAUGGAAUGGUUCGAGGAUUUGAAUCUACUUUUCCCUACAAAGGUUGCAAUACUCCGUUUAUGGUGAGGAAUAUGGAUGUAGAAGGCAAUGGAAGUGGUUGUUUAUCAACUGGUUUGAACAGAAAAGUUGACAAUCAAAUUUCGCCAACUCCUCACGAAAACAGGAAUAACAAUAACAAUGUUAGUAGUAACAAUUCAGUUAUUAAUCCCGGUGUUGUAUCUUGUGGAAUCUCAGACUUUUCUUCAUCUCAAACUUUAUUGAAUCUAGUUCGGACUGCUAGUGCUCAAAGUGCCUCGCAAUUGGAAAAUUAUUUGAAAGGAGCAGUCAAAAGAAGUGCCGACGGUGAAAACCGCCAUGAUCCGUUAGAUCUUACAGUUGCCAAUAUCAAAAGACCAAGACUGGAGCCUGGUAAUGGUCGUGAUAUUAGGGACUGUCGUGAUCUUCUGCAAUCUGAGGCAGAAGCAGCUUUAGCAAUUGGUGGCGAUUGCCCAGGAAAUCUUAGGACUUCUUCAGUCAGUAGUUCUAGGCCAUCUUGGAUGUCUUUACUAGACAAAAGAAUGCAUUCGUCACCAACAUCUUCAUCAAGGACUUCUCCUAAAAUACAGAACUCGGAACGUUCGCGGUGUGUAUCCCUUUGCAUUGACAAACCGUGUUCUACUCACUCUGAAGCUAGUGAUCUGUCACACUGGACUGUUGAUGAUGUGGUCAAAUUUGUGUCAUCAGUCGAGAUGUGUUCUGAAUACGCAGAGAAAUUUCGGGAAGAAUUCAUCGACGGCUCAAGCUUGCCUUUGUUAACUGAAGAACACUUGAUGAUGAACAUGGGUAUGAAAUUAGGUCCCGCUCUAAAACUGCGUAUGGCGUUAGCCAGAAGAAUUGGACAUUGCGCUGUAUGUAUGCAUUGCGUGCACUGUCAUGGAGAUGACAACACCGAUAUCCGCAGGCACGAAUCAUCGCGAUCGCCCACAGUGAGCAAAUGAUAGCCAUCUGAGAGGAUUAAAUGCUGCCUGCUGCCUUUGAAAGAGAUCAGCACGUGAGUGGUGAAACCAGGCCACUGUAAAAUAUAUCUGGUUACCGUUUCAAUGACCCGCGUCUUCAGAAU